UGAAUGUUUUGGCUUUUGCCUUUGAAUGACGGAGGUGUGACUAUGAUCCAAAUGGUUUUUGUAGUAUUUUUUAUAGUUCAUGCCUGCGUGUAUGUGUGUAUAGGCAUGAUAAAUGGUGCGUAACAACUAAAUCUUACCUGUUGGUCGUUGCGGUUGCAGUCUAAAUUAGUGUAGGCCUACAUAAUCUGAUACGACAAUAUUUUAUGGUCUCCUACAUCCAAUAAAGAACAGGCAUGCAGGUGUUAAAUGUGGGCAAGCCGUGUUACUGUGAAAAAGCGGUACGGGAUGAAGACCUUUAGUAAUUAAUGCGCCCGUGAAGCAUUUAGUUUAAACUACGUGUGGAUCGGAGAGCAGUAUAAUAGCCUUCGAAAUAACGGACUUAUAGCAGGUUCACCGAAUAUUCCAAGCCAGUUCUUUUGGGGGGAAAGUAAUGUAGCUAUGUCCUGUUUUACCAAAGCUAUAUUUUUAUAUUUGUAAUUAAUGUUAGGCCUUUUUUUUAUCCCCAGCACAUAUUGUGAGUUUUUACUUGUUGAUGCAAAGAUGCUAUCAUUGUGGAUGUUUUGGAAGGGCGUUAAUGACAUCGCAUAAAUAAACAAAUCACUUUACCGCUUUACACAGUGCGUUUGAUACUGUAUGGAUGUUUGAAAACAUGGCUUCUUGCUCUGUGCUGGAAUAUUCGUGCCAGGACUGAGGCGGACUGAGACGUGCACCAUCUCAGGUACGGACACUGCUGCCCGGAGUCCAUCGAGCGUCGCCAGUGAGGAAUUCUGCACGAAGCGACAUUAUGUGCUAAUCUCCACCGAAUUCAGCUUCUCCAAUGGCGUUCAUGUCAAGGUUCUCUCGGUCUCGGAGCAGCUCACGGUCCCCGAGUAGAAGGGACUCGGAACGCGGCUCGCCAGUGCUGACCGUGGCCGAGCUCGAGCGGCUCCUGUACACGGGGAAAACCGCCUGCAACCACGCAGACGAAGUUUGGCCAGGCCUCUACAUUGGCGACCAAGACAUUGCUGCUGACCGCCGUGAACUGGUGAAGCUGGGAAUCACCCACAUCUUGAACUGCGCGCAUACUAAGUGGCGAGGCGGAGCAGAGUACUACGAGGGCAUGAACAUCACCUACCACGGCAUCGAGGCGCACGACUCGCCCACGUUCGACAUGAGCGUCAACUUUUACCCAGCGGCUGAGUUCAUCCACAAAGCGCUCAGCACUGGGGGGAAGAUCUUGGUGCACUGCGCCGUGGGAGUGAGCCGGUCCGCCACGCUGGUGCUAGCCUACCUGAUGAUCCGUCAGAACAUGACCCUGGUGGAGGCCAUCCGGACGGUGAAGGACCACCGCGGGGUCAUCCCAAACCGCGGCUUCCUGAGGCAGCUCAACGGGCUGGACGGCAUCCUUCGCGACAGCCGCAAAACCUAAGGAGGGAGGGGCGAUGAAGCAGCGCUCAAGUAUACGAUCUCCACAGCAUCCUCAAAACCCUCUCUCUCUUUGUCUUUCUCUCUCUCUCUCUCUCUUUGUUUCUCCCUCUCUCUCUCUCUCUCUCUCUCUCUCUCUCUGUGAGAUGAGUUUUUUCACUUGUGUACUGGUGUACUGUUCAGGGGACAUACUGUACUGUCAGUCAGACGCCAUGUUCCCUCUCUCCUCUUGAUCAGAUUCCAUCCCUGAUCACUUAUUGCGAUUCCACGGACAGGCAUUCGGGGUAGAUGGGGCCUUCCCCACACAGCUGUGUAUCUACAUAACACAGCCAAACAAGUAAAUCUGUAAACUCUGCCUCCACUGACAUCCUCUUGUGCGAUUGCAGGCUACUCAGCAGACACGUAUGUGAGUUUGUCUCGCACAGAGUUUGUAUUAAUUUUAUACAAAAACUUGUCUGGAGACUAAAGCAUUGCACAUGUUUGGUGCACAGAAUCGAAAUGUAGCAUCACUUCGUUGUUUCUGGGUGACCAGAGCUGCUCACUGAAAAACCGAAUUGUGGAAACCGUAAUAUUUUAUAUACAUUAGCUCCUUUUUUUUGCAAAAUAGCCAAAUGGCACAGACAGAUGUCAGCUUUGCAGUCCAGUCACUGAAGAAGGUUGAACAGUCUGAAAUGUGUGCUCUGGUACUGAUACCUAUGUAUGCCUGCCUACUGGGUGACCUCGCUAUCCUGGGGUUUUAAAGUGCUGAUGUCACAGCCUGACUGUGUUCUGGAGAAUUCUAAGUAGUUCACAAGCUUAGUCUUGAGCAAACCAACCAUUGCGAUCCCCUCUGGCUUUCAGAGGAAAGGGAUGCAGAGGACGCGGAUCAGUACGCCAUACGCUCCUUAAAUUUCUUAUUUAAAGCUUCAACUGCCUGGAUUGUGAAGUGCUGAAUUUUUGUAAAUGGCCAAAUGGAUGUAGGAGGCUUGUCUAUGACUGGUUUAGAGCUUCCUCUCAGUCAGGAGAGCAAUCUCUCUCUCUUUCUCUCUCUCUCUCUCUCUCUAUCUUGCUCUGUCUUUUUUCUCUCUCUCUCUCUCUCUUUCCCUAGGGCACCCUGUAAUGGAGUUGUUGUUCCAACUGAACUUUGGAGUUACUCCACUGCUAAUAUAGUGUGACAGGGUUACUCCAUUUCUGCCGUAGUGUGACAGAAAGUUACAGUAUUCCAGUGUGACUGUAUUCUGACAGAAAUUGACUGGACAGAUACCAAGGAGGGGCCAACAACGCAGCAAAGGGCCGUCGGGAGGUUUUUGGGAGCGAUAAAUACCUCAAGCAUCUUCAGUUCAGUCGCCCGCUGCUGCAUCCGUGUUUCUGCAGGCUAUGGCUUCCUUUCCGUUUUGUGUGUCGUACAGUAGGAAUCCAGACAGUGUUGUGUAGCACUGAGCUGCCGAGUGUGUAAUACAGGCCAGCUCUGUUCAAAUGUAGCAUAUCCUGUAGUCUGUAGAUGUUCAGAGUUGGAUUGUGGCCAAGUGAGUGUGCCUGUGUUGUCCUUUUGGAGUAGUUUCAGUGUAAAAUCUUCCUUUGUCCUGUGAAACAGAGAAUUAGCGAGUACUGCAGCUUGGGCAUAGACUGCUGUUAUUGUGCAGUGGUGUUCUUCUGGAAAUAGGAAAGUGUACAAUUUAUUCUCUAGUGUGUCAUCAUUAGUCUCUCUCUGAUUUUCACAUCUCUGAGAAGUUUCUUCAGUGUUUGUCUUAUUAGCUCUGAGAAGUUUCUUCAGUAUUUGUCUUAUGAUAGUAAGUGUUUUUUUUUUCUAUUUGGAAAAUUUGUCCUGAAAUAAGAGAAGAAAAGCCUUAGCUGGCAUGUUGAUCUCAAACAUUAUUCUUGUAAGAUACAGUUAAUCGUGUACACUGACUUCCAUAUAAUCAUAAACCUACAUACACAUAUUAAAAUAAAUACAUUGUGCUUACUUGAGCUUGAGCUUCUUAAAGGUAAUUUCCCCACUCCUUAUACAGUAUCUCACACGAGGCUGCUUACCGCAUCCAAAGUUAAACAGCUGAACUGUGGAUCUCAUAUCAGUGAUACUGCCCAGGGCAGUACAUGCUUAAUAUGGACAGAAUUUGGAGGACAGGAGGGGAAAGUUGUUUGAGACAGGACGGACGUCUCUGGUGCAGCCUCGUAAUGCUGCAGGAUCUUUUUAUUUUGUUUUGAACUCCAGGUCCUGUGAUGAGCCAAACUAGGAGUAUGUCUCCUUGAAAUGUCCACAAGGAGUUUAGGAAUGUUUGCAGAUUGUUUUUCAGGAUCUUAAAAUAGGAUAUUCAGCUGCAGGUAAUGUGUUGUGCCAGAUUGGAAUGUUGCUCCUUGACGUGUUCACAAGGAGUUUGGGAAUAUUUGAGUUGGUAGGGAUGAGGGGGUUUGUUUUGUGCACACGUUGACUGCCUCUGCAUGCACACUCUGAUUGCCCCUACAAGUGUACACUGAUUCAACCUAAACUGCACACUCCAACUGCCCCUGUGUGCACAUUCUGAUUGCCCCUACAAGUGCACUCUCUCAUUCAACUGAAAAGUAAACACUUUGACACUCUGACAGCCCCUGCAUGCACACUCUGAUUCAACCUAAAAGUGGACACUUUGACAGCCCCUGCAUGCACACUCUGAUUCAACCUAAAAGUGCACACUUUGACAGCCCCUUCAUGCACACUCUGAUUCAACCCCAAAAGUGCACGCUCCGACUAAUCCUGUGGUUGGCAAUUAAAUUAAGUUCCCGCGGCAGCUGCUGGCCUCCUGUACUAAACCUCUAAAACCAUGACAGUGCGCUAUGCUUUUACAGCAGGUUUCUAGAGGUAAGGUAUGCAGAUCAGUGUCAGUAAAUCCCCUUUGGGAAUUGACUUACAGUUCUUCUUUAGCUAAUUAACCGUAUUUUCUAAAACCUGAGAAAAAAUGUCACAGCAGUCUGCCCUGUCUGAUCAAGGCUCAACUUUGAGACUCCCUUUCUCUUUGUUUUAAUUGCUCAUGUGAAGAGUAAUUUUCUCCUGACAGUGUUUUUAUUCACCCACAUCCUUUGAGCAAGGGAGCUUUUGAGGUUUAAAAAAAAACAAAAAAAAAACAUUCCUCCUCAGUUGACAUGUCAACUGACAUGGCAGCUACCAAGCGAGCAUUCCACCUUGUCGGGUCAGUAUGGUUGUAUUACAGCGAGUUGCUGUCCAAGGCAAUAUAUUUCAGGAUUAGCGUUCACUUAAUUGGCUGUUGUCUCAUACAGAACCAUUGUCAAAGACAUCUAGCAUUGAUGUUUUUUUUCCACAAGCCGCAGCAUCAGGGUAUUGGUACAUGUUCUCAAAAUUUUACUUAGCCCCAUCCAGCCAGGCAGGUCGUCUGCAAUCAAGAUUACACCAACAUUUUUCUACAGGGCUUCCCAAAAUCAGUCAUAUGCCUGGUUUCCAGUCUAAAAUAGCUACAAUCUAAUGAAAUCUAAUGAGCUGUGAAUUUACAGGUGUAAACUUGUAAAGCUGUCAGUUUAGGCCUUGGAAACCAGGCAUGUCAAGCUUUUAGCCAAUCAGUGGCUUAAAUUAAACGUUUAAGUGCUAAAACGCCCCCAAAAAAAACAUAUACACCGGACCCUUGUGCAGCCCUAUUCAAGACCAUUCAACUAAUCAAUCUUUUGAUUUAAGACCUUGAUUCGUUGAAUGAGAUGCUUUAGGGCUGGGCCAGAAUGAAAGCCAGCACCCACACCGGCUCCUCUCGGGUAAGAUUGGGGUUCUCAGGACAAUAUUUCGGGAAGCCCUGAACUAAACAUUAAUUUUGGGUUCUUUUUAACUGAAACAACAGUAAAAGUACAUGUCUUAAUGUCGAGGUUAAGUUCCCAGUACGGCAGUCUCCUUCUCAUGGCUGUAAAUGUGGAGUUGUCACAGGAAAGCACCAUUAGAUUAACCACUGCCCUCCACCUCCCUUAGCCCUGCCCUCAAAACCGAAAUAUAUGUGGACUCCUUGGGAGGCCAUGACCGGAAGAUGCAAAGGGGGUUCUUGGCUUAUUACUACAUAAUGAUUAUUGUGUUUUAUUUUUGCGAUUGCAUUAUGUGUCGUACAGUUGUGUGGGGACCAUUAGCCAUAAUUAACUGUGACUGCUGGUGAGUUAUGUGUUUGUGUUUGUGUGCACUCGUUUAUACUGCCUGUGAAUCCCCUCUCCCUAAAAACAAGGUCAUCGGUGAGAUUAUUGUAAAAAAUAAGAAUGGGUGGGGGGGGGGGAGAUAUUGUGAAAAGGCACAAAAGAAAGCAAAACAUUGCCAGUGUUAAAAGUCAGGAUUCAGACUUGUUGCAUCAGUCGGUAAGAGCAAAGUUUCUUUUGCAUGCGUUUGUUUUUUUAUAGCUGUUUUGUGUUUCAUGUCCUACAUGUUAUUUCCUUGCCAUUAUUUUUCAGCCUUAUUAUUUCUACAUUUAAAACAGAACUGUUGAAAAUGCUGCCAUUGAUAUAUUUUAUUAUCAAAAUCACACUCAGUACGAGUCAAACGAUAAAUAAAAAAUAUGGUAUUUGUAUCCUGACUUAGGCCAAUACAUUGUGUAGUCAUUUCAAGUAUCUCAUAUGUUUGCAGAAAAUUAACAGGCUCUGCAAGUAAUACACAAAAAACCUGUGUGCAUGUAAAUUCAUGCAAGGUACAAGGACAUCUUGUACCUUACAGAUAGUAUGCUAUAGGUAUCCUGACCUGAAGUGUCUCAGACCCCUUGCAAUGGGAGUUUUGCAAUUGUUUCAUUCCUGGAUUCAAAAUGUCAGCCAGGCAUAAAAUAUGAAAUCCAUUAACUGAACGUAGCUGAAGCCAGAUAUCUGCAUUUUCUCUUUCAGUCGAUGGGUGGUGCUAUAGCUCUCAUCAGCAAAGAUUUUACCUAAAUGUAAUUGUGUCCAAACAAAAGUAAUGAAUUUCACGAGUGUGAUGUUUUUCUUAGUUCUACUUUUUCAGUCCUUCCAAAAAUAAUAAUUCUUAUUGUUGUGGGAGAAUUAAAAUAUUGAAAUAUUGGAUUAAGUGACAGAACACAAUGUUGUUAGCCAGCUACAUUAAAUCUAGAAUGUGGAGAUGGACACAGACCAACACAAUUGUAAAAUGUACCCUAUUGCAAACUUCAGUAUGGCUUCAGUAUGAGUCAGUAUGGCACAAUGUUGCCUUCACUGUGUAGAAUAAUUAGCAAAGUUUACACUCAGAAAUUGCUAAUGCUUGUAUCUUUACUUCUAUACAACAUAAUAAAAUUAGUAAUAUGGAUUUUAUGUGCUCAUCGAACUAGAGUGGUCCAAAAUUAAGGAUGCGUGUAGAAAAGGAACUUAAUUACUCUCUGGAUAACCACCAGUCCCUACCCACAGUGACUUUUUUUCAUAAAAUCAACUUUCUGAGGGCAAUCUGGCAACUUUUAGCUCUGAAGAAUUAGCUGUUAGCUGAAAACAGUGUGGUAAAGUAGGUGACUAAAAAGAAGCAUUCCAAACAUGGGAUCAUGGUGUUUUCGUUAUCACUUCAUCUUAUAUCUGGUGCGUACUAUCUGAUCAUUUGACAGUAGGGUAUUUUUGUGCCAAGUAAAAAUAGGAACUACAGAAAUCUGUUUAUACAUUCUUACCGUCCCAUUUUUAACAAAGAACCUUUCUAUAGGAAUACUUGAAUUGUUUUUUAUUGAUCCUUAUUUUUAUAUCACCAAAAACCUGUGGAAUUACUUAAAUGAAACAACAAACGGAGGUGAUCAUGAUGCCUUAACUAAUUAUUUUUUAUUUUAAAAGUACAGUAUCCCAAUUCUUUGUUACUUACAACAAUUUUUGUUGCAUUUUUUAAUGCUUUCUUUUUAAUAACUCUCUGUAUUGUUGAAAAUUGUGUGUAAUAAAUAAACUUGCAUUAGCUAGGAGUACCCUU